CUCGCUUUCUCUCUCGAAUGGUCCGUCGUCGCGUAAAUUUUCGUGGGUCCCCCGAAGGAGAUGUGUCGGAUGGCGAUCUCAUGCGUUUUGUUCGCGCGUAUUCGACGUUAAUCGCGUCGCGCAUUGUCUCGCCGUGUUACACGCAUAUUCGUUAUAAGUUUCGUGUUAGCCCACAGUGUCGACGGUGCUUUUCGCGCGUGCCGGCUUUCGUUGAGCGAGAAAGACAGAGAGAGCGAGCGAGAGAGUGGCGCGACGGGCUCCUCCAUGUAACCCGCCGUAACCACGUGCUUGAAAAUCCCGUUGGCCGUUACGACCGGAUCGGCCCGCGCGUAAGAGUACCUGCGCGCCAAACGUGUUCGACAUCGCGCCCGGGUCGUCGGGAUCUCGCACCCCUUGUCGCCGAGAAGGGAUCAUCGCUGUUGUUAGGCGGGAAAAGCGCGAUUGUUUUCAGAGCACGCGGCAAGGCAUCGAGAAUAUUCCGUCAUCGCGUCCGAUCGGAGGCAUGCCCGGUAUGACGGAGUUCGUGGACGGCUGGUUCCUGGGGCACACCCUGGGCGAGGGUGCCUACGGCGAGCGAAGCUGUUGCCAUGAAAAUGAUUGACAUUGAGAAGCAUCCAGAUGCAAGGCAAACAGUUCGCAAGGAGACUGCUAUUCAUCGAAUGUUAACAAAUCCAAAUAUUGUACAGUAUUUUGGGAAGCGCAGUGAGCCCAACAUGGAAUAUAUAUUUCUAGAAUAUGCUUCAGGUGGAGAACUAUUUGAUAGAAUUGAACCUGAUGUUGGUAUGCCGAUGUGGGGAGCUCAGAAGUAUUUUAGACAAUUAAUCUCUGGGGUAGAAUAUCUGCACAGUCGCGGAGUUGCGCACAGAGAUCUUAAGCCAGAGAAUUUACUUUUAGAUAAUAACGACAAUUUAAAGAUAAGUGACUUUGGAUUAGCGACAAUAUACCGUAUGCAAGGUAAAGAGCGUCUUUUGGAAAAGAAAUGUGGAACACUGCCUUACGUUGCACCAGAAGUAUUAGUAAGAGCAUAUCACGCAGAGCCUGCAGACGUAUGGUCUUGUGGAAUUAUUCUUGUGGCUUUGUUGGCUGGAGAACUGCCAUGGGACCAUCCCCUGGCAGAGUGUCCCGAAUAUGUUGCGUGGAAAGAUGGAAAAUAUAUGUCUCUUACACCAUGGAAAAAACUGGACAAUUCGUCAUUAUCAUUUCUGAGAAAGAUUCUUAUAGACUCGUCGUCAGCAAGAUACAAAAUGUCAGACAUUAAGCAACAUAGGUGGUUUGUCACAAAUUUUACCAAAGGCGACGAAAGAGGUGCAAGGAAUCAAUUAAAUCAAGCGUAUACAGAAGCUGAAAAUCUAAGGAAUGUCUGUUUGUCCCAACCCGAAUUUCCUGGAAUGGAUUGUACUGAUUCGAUUCAAUUCAAUUUGGAUGGACGUCAGUUUUCAUUUUCCCAACCCGCUCACGUAGAAGAUCUUUUAUUAGGUACACAAUUACAAGCGUUUACACAAGCCAGUCAGCAAAACUCUUUCCAGAGACUAGUUCGCCGAAUGACUAGGUUCUUUGUUAAAAUAGAAUGCGGAGAAAUUGUAAAGAGGUUAAUAAAAUAUUGCGAGAAAGAGAAUUACGCUCAUCGUGUUAAUGAAUCUGGCGUGAUUACAAUAUUGACUAUAGAUCGACGGAAAAUGUCUCUAGUUUUUAAAGUGACUUUUAUAGAGAUGAACGGAAAUAUAUUAGUCGAUUUCCGCUUAUCCAAGGGUGAUGGUUUAGAAUUUAAAAGAGCAUUUAUCAAAAUAAGGUGCGCAAUGGAAGAUGUUAUUCUGAAGAGCUCCAUGGUAUAUUCAAGGAGUUAGUAGCUGUGACAUACCCAUAAAUAAUAGCUCCAUAUUUCGAGCAGUUUAUGAAU